CCUAACAGCCAUUGCAGCAGCCCAUCCGCCCAUCAAAUCAACCAGCAAAGUUCUCCUCUCUCUCGCUUCAACCGCCGAACGGACUACGGAUGACCAGCGAGACCAUGACCAGCAGGAGCGGUGGGUGGAUGCUGUCCUCUUGCUAAGCCGUGACUAACCAGCCAUCAGGACUGCUGCUCUAGAGAGAGGCUUUAAGCGGCUGGUCUGGUCGUCCGUACCAUGAAUCCCUCGGCAGACGGUGAUCCGCCCCCCCGCCCUUGUAGCGCCGCAUCCCGCCUGGAGAUGAGAGAUGCCGUGUCCACCACCAACACAACACCAGACACGCGCACGCCGCGAGAGAAGAGGCCCGAGGAAGACAACAGCAACAAAGACAAAGCCACGGCCAGGGAUGCCCACAUCCCGCCGGCCUAUGCCAGCAGCACCGGCGGCAGCAAACUGAUGCGGUUAUUCCGUUCCUCUGCAGUGCAUAAGGUCCAGGCCAAGGCGGCCGACAAAUCGCACUCUGGCCAGCCGCAAUCCUUGGCGGAGGCGCUGCUGGGCGGGGGAGGGCGUGAGGGUGGCGGUAGGGGGAGUCCAUCUCUCCGCUACAGGGAGAAGGAGCAACAAGGAGAGGACAAUGACACCGUGACGCAUGCACCUGAUACCGUUGCACCAUCUGGUGGGUAUAUACAAGGAGAGGGAACGAGCAAUACGUACCAUUCACGACCGGCUUCUCGGUGUGUGUUGUGUCCAUUGACAGGUCCGUUUGUGUGGAGCAAGAGCAACCCACCGGCAAGCCCUCCCAUCCCUCCCCUCCCCCCAAGCCCCAUCCCCCAUCGGCUCCAGCCCCAUCCCCCAUCGGUGCCAUGCCUUGACAGCCCCAAGCCCACCCCAGCCGAGUCACUCGCCAACCAAACACCAUACCGCCGUGUUGGCAAGGGCUUGCCACAGUCGUCGAGCGGGUCGGGUGUAGCGGGGGCAGGAGGCGGGGCGGUGCUGGGCGGCAAGCAGAAAGGCGAUGGCGGUGGCGAGGGUGGAGAUGAGGAGGAGGGUGUGUGGCGGCAGAGGCUGCGGGACUCGUUGGCCGACGGCGACAAUGUGUGGCUGCUGACGGUGAGUGAGAUCAGGCAGCGGCUGUUGGAUGGAUGGAUGGAUUGUGCUGCCGGUGUUUGCUAUGUCAGAAUCUGCGGAGUUUUUUCGACACGUACGUGACUCGUGCGGACCGCGUGAGGUGAGGAAAAAGUCUGUCUGCAAAGCCAGCCCAGCCAGCCCCUCCUUUGAUACCGAUCGUUUCCCUCCCUCGUAUGUAUGUAUGGGUGUGAAUGUUUGUCAGUGAGCUGCAGCGCCUCAUUUUGACCCCUGGCGGUCCUCGACUCAUCGACCUGCUGCUGAAGGCAAGCUUGCUUUGCAAGAUACACACAGACACACAGAUAUACACACACGUGUAUGUCUUUGUGUCUGCUCCGCCCUGCAUGGGCAAAUGAAAUGAAUGGUUCAGGCGUUGGCGUUUCGUCCUCUGCUGCCGUCGCUGCUGGUGCACCAUGUGUCUGCGGCCCUGUGGGUGACGGUGUUCGCACACUCUAACAUACCGCAGAGGGUCAGACUCAUCCAACAGGUAUCUACAGAAAUGCGAGGCGAUGUGGGGGGCGAGGGGUGAGGGGUGAGGGUGGGCAUUCAUGUGUGGUUGUGUGGUUGUGUCAGUUGCGUGUGUGUCCUGACGCCAUUGUGUCGGUUGCUGAGCAUCGCAUUGGCUGCCUGGCACUGCAGCAUAUCGUCUGUAAGCCCGCCUUUCGCACCCCCAGACGGGACGGGACGCACCACCACAAGCGGCCCCACUCCCCCUGUUUGUGUCUGUGUGUGGCGUGCGUGGCACAUUUGUGCAGCGUUGUGCAGCCCCCGGGAUGUGGGCACGUUGUUGUCGGAGCUGAUCGUGUGCCACAUCACGAGACUUGCUGUGGUAUGGAUAGAUACCUCACAUCCACACGCACCAGCUCCUCAGACACAACCUUGUUUGAUGGCUAUGCGUGUCCUUAUUUUGUCAGCAUCCUUUGGGUUCCCGUCUGGUUCGUGCCUUUCUGGUGCGGUCGCCGCCGCUGGACAGCUGGGACGUCGGCACACAGCUCCUCACACACGCCGUCCAAGUAAACACAUCAACAUACACAGCACACCACACCAUCCUACAGACGCCACCCUCCUCUUUGUUGUCGUCUGUCAGUUGUCGGACAGCGAGAGUGGUUCAUCGUUGCUGCGUCAGAUGAUCCUGUCGGCCCCGCAUAGCGCCUCCCCCUCGAGCAGGCUGCACCUGCGGUCACACAUGCUCCUCAGCAGCAGAGACAUGCUCACCACCCGCUACGGCCCCAGCCUGAUCAAAGACUUCAUCAUGGUCAGAAAUCCAACCAACAAGAACACCCCAGGACACAUAUACAGGUCCCUCCAUCUGUUCGCUCUGCUGUUCUGUCAGUGCUUCGACGAUGACGCGGCGACGAUGAUGUGCAGGAGGCUGGUCGCGAUGGAGGACGAGGCCUCUGACAGCAACAUGCUGGACGUGCCGGCCAUCUGCUCUCUGCAGUCCAUGGCUUCUGACCGAGACAUGGCCGCCAUCCUCGCGACACUCAUCGCCAGGGCCGACCAGGCGGCACGACAGGCGCUGCUGGCCAAGGUGGCCAACAUGUGGAGGUUCGACCACCCCAAGAGAUUCGGAUUCGUCACCGCCAGAUAUGCACAUGUCGUCAUCAAAGCGGUAGGACAGGGGCCAGGCAGCGCAGGGAGAAACGGGCAGAGGCAAUGGAGAGCGGGGUCGUUGACGUCUCUCUCUCUCUCUCUCUCUGCUGGUUCAGACGUUGCCCCACCUGGAUGUGCCGGCACUCACCUCGCUGCAUGAUGUAAGCCAUCCGUGGAGGCUCAUUGCCUACACACAAUUGCGUAAUCCCUUCUCCCUCUCUCCCCAUUGUUUCGUUGGUCAUCAGGCCAGUGAUCGCUACGUGCGCCCCGGCCUUGUGUGGGGCGAAGACUGUCUCAGCGCCAAGUGGGACGCCAUCUCCCGCAUCACCCAGGUGGUCACCUCAACCCUCCCCGCCAAAGGCCUCACCCACUACCGGUCCAAGCCGCCCAUGACCCACCGUGAGAAGAACCUCGGCUGCCCCACCCCCGGCCCGAGUGACUUCGUGUCCAUGCGCUCACCUCACUCCCCGAGCCUCACCUCACCGGCACGUAGUGGCCAGUCGUCCACGCCGCCACGUGGCAGCGAGGCGGCUGCAAUGGGGGCGGCUGGCAUGUCGCCUCUUCCUGUCGUGACGCCCUCGCCCCCCGCGGCCUCGUUUCCCUCUCCCUCCAGUGAGUCGCCAUCGUCCCAUUCCAGCCACGUGAUGAAGGCCGGCCGCAAGAGCUCUUCUCGCCUGACCGACAAGCCCCGACAUCAUGGCUCGCCCCCGCCUGACGUGUCGCCGUCAUCCCCAGACCCGUAUCUCUCACCCGACGGCUGGUACUCGCCCCGACAGUCGGCAGAUGACCAUGACCAUCCACAUGCGACCACCAGCACGGUUGACGAGAUCCAGGCGUGUCUGGAGCGGAUUUUGGAGAGCGACGGCAGCGAGGGCGACCGGCAGCAGCUGGCCAAGAAACUGGAGGAGGCCCUCAUACAGGGACAAACGGUGUGCUAUGAGGCAGCCGAGGAGGGCGAGAGAGGGGAGGGCGGGGGGGAAGAGGACGGUGCUGCGUUGUCGCAUGAGCCUGCCAUCGCAACCGCCACGCCAGAGUCCGGAGAGAGCCCGGCCAUGGCCUCCCCGUCAGGGGAGACGACAGACGGUGUGGCGACGGCCAAGGCGGAGGAGAAGGCGCAUCUCGAGAAGCUCAUCGUAAGCUCAUUUCAGUCGUUGCGUAUCCAUCCAUCCAUACGUGUGGUAUAUGUAUGGGCGCGUGGUUGUGUCUCAGGUAUCCAUGUCGCUCAAGGCGGCGAUGGCCAACAUUUCCUCGUCCCCACAACACGCCGCCCCCCAGAACGCCCCGACGCUCCCCGGCGGCUCCGAUCACACAGAGGUUGAUGGGGCCGUGCCUGAGAUGCCGAUCAACGACCGAAUCAUGCACAUAUUUCACCAGGCCGAGAAGCGCCGGGCUGAGCGGGACCGACUGGCCAUGGAGGCCAACCGCAACCAUCCAUACGAGGAGGACGAUUCCCCCGUUCCGCCGCCACCCCCUCCUCCGCCCCCUCCGCCAUACUACGCCAACGACACACCAACAUCAUCAUCCUAUCGCAGCAGCACCAAAGACCGCCCCAAACGAACACUUCAGCGGUAUCGGGCCCGGACUGGCACAGACAACCGCGGGGCUGGGCGCCCAAAGCAGGGCGGUGGUGGUGGUCGUCAUCAGCACCAUCAUGUGGCUGCGUCUGGCGAUGAGGACACUGACCGGCCUAAGAACGCUCCAUGGGCCACGGGUCCGCAGAGUGAGGGGCGGACUCUGUUCAGGCGGGGCUGGGGUGGCCGCGGCGGGACGGGGCUGUUCUAUCGGCAGAAGCAGCAGAAGAGACAGUAGAUAGAUGGAAGAUCGAGCCAAGCCAGCCAGCCAGCCAGUCGUACCCACAAACAGUCAGACAGUCGGACAGAGAGACAUCAGUCAGGAGAGCGGCAGGCGAGGAAAGGAGAGGUCAGACCGACUCCAGGCUGUAGCAUGAUGGAUGGAUGCCUGGUCGCAUGGAUGGCGUGUGGGGCCCGCCUGCCUGUCGUGUGCAUACCUUCUUCAUCUACGUGUACACGUGUGAGCGUGAGUAGCCGCCUGGCCGAACAUCUCGCUGUCUGGCUGGCUGGCUGGCUGUCUGUCUGGCUGGUCGAAUGGCUGAUUGCAAGUGCGAUAGUGUACGAUCCAUCGCUGACUGCGGACCUCCGCUGCGUGAGAGAGAGAGAGAGACCUCCAUGCAAUUCAACG